AUGCGUCGGCUCGACCUGCGUGAUACCACGGCCUCACAGAAAACCGUCGUGAAACAAUCACAACGUUGUGUUUCGCCGUGUUGUUUCGUUGUUGCAAAGGUCAUUGAUUACCCCAAGGUUCUGAAGUCGAUACACCUAGGUCAGGGACUUCGUUGGCUCAGCAUUUCAAAGACCACGGCUUCACAGAAUACCGACACUAAAAACAGCGUUUUGUUUCGCCGUCCUGCGAACCGUGAGAAGAUGAUGUCAAGGUCUGCGUUACUUCUCGCUGCCCUCGGCCUAGGCUUAUCCACAUUCAGCGUCCGUCAGAUGAUCCUCCACCAAACCAGACGAUUUUAG